AUGAUUGAAGUUUUGGAGCUAGAAGAUUUCAUGGAGUCCUUGGGUAAUGUGAUGGUUACGGACGCUAGGGACAAAUGGGUCUGGUCUCCCGAUAAGUCGGGACUGUUUUCCACGAGAUCUUUCAAGUCCAUUGCAGCGGCUGAGUGUAACGAGGAGGUCGGCUUCAGGGUUAAGGGCUGCGGAUGGGUCCCUUCGAAGUGCAGAAUCUUUAUGUGGAGGGUUGACUUGGAUCGUAUCCCUACGAGAGCGGCGCUUGUUAAAAGAAAUAUUUCGGUUGAAUCCGUGGACUGUGCUCUAUGCGGGGAAGGAGUCGAAACGGUCGAGCAUUUAUUCACGGCUUGCAACGUCACCAUGAGGGUGUGGAAUCGGUUCAGCGAGUGGGUCAAAAUCCCGCCAAUUUUUGCUUUCUCAUUCAAAGACAUUUUGAGUAUCCAUAAAGGAGGUAACGGGGAUAAAAAGGUUAAAGGGAUAAUUCGGGGGCUUGUUAUGGUUACGUGUUGGGCUAUUUGGAAAGCGAGAAACGAUAAAAUUUUCGGUAACGGUCAAGGGAAUAGCGAAGAUAUCUUUGGGGCUGUGAGAUCUUUGGGAUUCUUUUGGUUAAAAAAUAGAUCCGCUCAUAAGAAUAUAGUUUGGAGAGAGUGGUGUAAUUAUCCUUUGUAUAUGUUUUAG